CCUACAGCUACCCAGCUAGCUAGCUACCCACACUCCAACAACCAUGGCCAACCUAACCUAACCAUUACCACCAUAACCACCCACCCACCCAUCAACCCCACAGAGAGCAAGCCAUCAAAAUGGCAGACCGCCACGAGCGCCGCUCACGCUCGCGCUCACCCCCCCGCCGCCCAAAAGCCCAAAGCAGCGGCGGAUUCCGCUGGAAAGAUAAGCGCCCAAACAACACCAACAAUACCAACACCAGAGACGAUGGCUCCGGUCGCAGUCGCGGCUUAGACAGGGGGUAUCACCGGCGCGAUCGAUCUCGCUCUCGCUCCCCGGUACGGUCUCGUCGACGGUCUCGGUCUCGAUCUCGCUCGCCCCCAGGAUCCAACAAAUCCAAGCCCGAAGAAGCCAGCAGCGCCAAACCACCCACCUCCAACAAGCACGAAAACGAAUCCCCCGCCGAGCGCGAAGCGCGCAAACAGCGCAAGAAGGAAAAGCGCGCCGCCGCCGCCGCCGCAGCGGCCGCGGGGCCGCCGCAAGCGAUGAUCAUCGUGCACGUCAACGACCGGCUCGGCACCAAGACGUCUAUUCCUUGUCUUCCGUCUGAUACUAUUGGGGAUUUCAAGGCGAUGGUGGCGGCUCAUAUCGGGCGGGAGCCGAACGCGCUGCUGUUGAAGAGGCAGGGGGAGAGGCCGUUCAAGGAUUUUUUGACGUUGGAGGAUUAUUCGAUUUCGAGUAAUUGUCAGUUGGAUUUGGAGGUUGGGACGGGGGAUUAAAUUUCUUCUUCUUCUUCUUCUUCUUUUAUGUAUUAGGGGUUCAGUGGGUUCACUUUUUUUUCUCACUUUUUUUAAUUUAUUUUAUCCUUGUGAUUGCAAU